AUGUCAUUUGCAUUCUAUCUCUUUACAGCAAACGGAACAGUCUACUCGUGGGGAGGAGGGGUGGAUGGACAGCUUGGGCAUGGAGAAGAUGUGCAGUAUCUUGCUCAACCCGAGGCCUUGGCCGAUGGUGCUCUCCCUGGCAGAGUGGCUCAGGUGGCGUGUGGAGAUUCGUACAGUGCAGCACUGCUUGGUGAUGGCUCCCUCUACAUGUGGGGAAAGAGCAGUCACGUGAUUCAGGCUGACCAGCCGUCCUCUCAGAAGGUGUACCGACCUGUUGGCAUUUCCCUGAAUGGACGUUCCAUUGCUAUGGUAACCUGUGGCUCGUGGCAUACCGCAGCAAUCACGGGAAAGCCAGAGAGACAGCCACUGGAGGAGGACUCAGACACCUCUGAGGAGGAGGAGGAGGAUUUGGAUGCCUUGAUUACCAUGGAAACAGGUGAUGGAAGAGAUGCGUUCCAGGAUAGGGCUGACAACUUCUGGGAUAUGUCUCAUGAGACUGCCUCUCCAGAAAAGAACAAUGCCACCUCCAAUCCUCCUGCAGUGAACAACUCAAUGCCACCGUACAGGCUUGCAAGGGAGGGCACCACCCUUACACUGGAGGAGUUCUAUUCCGCUACCCCUGUGCCAUCCAAUCGUCCAAGAGAGCUUCGACGGGCGAGUCUUACAGAGAGAAAACGGGCAGCGCAGGAGGAGAAGGUGCAAGGUGCCGACGAUCGGGUGAACGCUGAAAUGACAGCGGAGGAAUCGGCAGAGGAUGCAGGAAGAGGGAGAAUCGCUGAUGAUUCAUCCGUGGAUGAAAACGUUGAUGCAGACAGCGUCAUUAUGACUCCAUCUAAGGACUCUACAGAAGAACCACAAACUCUGGACAAAUAUUCUAGGCCAGAGACUGAGCCAGACAAUGCCUUCCCAAAGUCCACUUUACCACCUUCUGGGAAGGUCACUGUCCAACCCCAGAGAGACAUGUCUUUGUCACGCUCCAAGACAAUGGGAAGCAUAAAUGUACCGAAGAAGUCUGUUCCAAAGGAAACCUACCAAGGGUUUAUGAUAUGAGUGCAAUGAGCGGAUCGGGUGA